AAAUGGGGUGAGAGUUAGUCAGCAGCCACUAUAAGAGAAAACAAGGUGGUUCUUUUAGGAUCAAAGGGGUUUUGUCGGGUAGAGUAAGCUUGGGUGUACUGGGGUGUACUAGGGACUCCUAUUGGAGUGUGGUUUGAGUGAUUUAGGCUAUUCAAAUCUCUUGUAAAUCAUUGAUUUCAUAGUGGAUUUGGUGUUCUCCUUCUCCUGUGGAUGUAGCUAUCACAAAUUGUGGUAGUGAACCACGUAAAUUGCUGUGUUUGCUAUUUUUCUACACUUUGUUUUCUUCUUCAUUUAUCUGUUGUGCAUCUUAAUUCAACUCACAAGUGGUAUCAGAGCUUUGGACAAACACAUACUAGGUGUUUGAUAAAAUUCCUAAGUGAAGUUGUAGAGUUGUUUAGGUUGUCUUGUAUUUGGUCUCUCUUCUCAAAUACACUAUGACUGGCAUCAAGCUCAAAGUGGCAAUGUUUGAUGGUACUGGUGAUUUUGGAUUAUGGCGUGUUAAGGCCAAAUCACUGUUGGUUCACCAAAGUGCAGUCAAGGAGACCGCAGCUAAGGAUCUUUGGGAGGCUUUGGAGAGGAAGUACAUGGGUAAAUCACUCCAUAACAAGCUUUAUUGCAAGCAAAGACUUUAUCUACUCCAGAUGCAAGAAGGCACUUCCAUAACUUCUCAUAUUAAUGCUUUUACCAAGGUAAUGCUUGGUCUUGAGAAUUGUGGUGUUGAGAAUAAUGAUGAAACCCAAGCUAUUCUUUUGUUGGCAUCAUUACACCCAUCACUUGAGAGUUUCAAAGACUCCAUGUGUUAUGGCAAAGAGACAAUUUCUUUAUCUAAUGUGAAGGAGGCCUUGAAAACUAAAGAAUUAAAAGCCAAGAAUGAAGCCUCAACUAGUGAAAACAAGGAUGAAGGCUUGGUUGUGAGAGGAAGAACUUUAGAAAAAGGGAAUCGCUGCUCAAAGUCUAGAUCGAAGUCUAGAGGAAAGUCUAGAACCUAUGUUUAUUAUGGUUGUGGUGAAAAGGGUCACAUUAAAAGGAAUUGUCCAAAUAGAAGGCAAGACCAAAAACAAGAGCAAAAGAGCAACAAUGAAAAGCAAGCUGAAGCCAGUGUAGUGGAGGUUGAUGAUAAAUGGUUUGCUACUUACAAUGAAGUUAAGUGUGCUGAUGUCUUAAUGGGAGAUGAUCACCCUUGUAAGGUGAAGGGCAUUGGUAUGGUUCUACUCAAAAUGCAUGAUGGUGUUGUGAGAGAAUUAACAGAGGUUAGGCAGGUUUCGAACAUGUGGAAGAGCUUGAUCUCUUUGAGUGCCCUAGAUACUAAUGGGUACACUUUUUCUGGUGGAGGUGGAGCUAUGAAAGUUGUUAAAGGUUCUCUUGUGGUCAUGAAGGGUUGGAAGGAUAAAAAGUUUUAUGUGCUGCAAGGCUCUACAGUUAUUGGUUCAACUAAUGUUGUUUCUUCAUUAUCAAAUAAGGACUUGACCAAAUUGUGGCAUAUGAGCUUGGAAUUGUGUGAGCAUUGCUUGUAUGGGAAGCAAACUAAAGCAAGCUUUAAUACGAGAGUUCAUCAGUCCAAAGAACCUCUUGAUUAUAUCCAUUCUGAUCUUUGGGGUCCUUCUAAGAAGAUGUCUGUUGGCCGUGCCUUAUAUAUGCUUACUUGCAUCGAUGAUCACUCAAGGAAGGUUCUAGUUGAGAAUCAUAAAGGCAAGAAAAUCAAUAGUUUGAGAACAGACAAUGGACUUGAGUUCUGUAACCAAGAGUUCAAUGAGUAUUAUAAGAAUGAAGGAAUUGCUAGACCUCGAACAGUUCCUAGAACUCCACAACAAAAUGGAGUGGUAGAGCACAUGAAUAGGACCAUCAUGGAGAGGGUUAGAUGGAUACAAGGUUUGGGACCGGUGAUUAGAAGAGCAUUUAUUUCUCAUGAUGUUAUUUUUGAUGAAAAUGCUAUACUUAACCCCAAUGUGGAGAAUGGAGUUAUUGAUGCAGGUGCUGAUACAAAAUGGGGUUCAAAAUCAAAGGUGAAAUUUCAACUAGGCCUUGAAUCUCAAAAGGUGUCUAGUUCUCUUCUUCCUCCACAAGCUCAAGUGAGUCAUGGUUAUGAUAGAAGCAUGUAUGAUCAAUGUGUCUACCUUAGAAAGCUUGUUGAUGGCACUUUUAUCUAUUUGUUACUUUAUGUUGAUGACAUGUUGAUUAUUGCCAAGAGAAAGGAAGACAUUGACAAGUUAAAGAAAGAGAUGAGUAGUGAGUUUGAAAUGAAGGAUUUGGGUCAAGCAAAAAGGAUCCUUGGUAUGGAGAUACAUAGGGAUAGGCAUGGUGGAACAAUUAAGCUUUCACAAAAGAAAUUUGUUGAAAAGGUUCUUGAACAUUUCAACAUGAGAGAUGCCAAACCUGUGAGUACUCUUUUAGCAUCUCAUUUCAAAUUGUCAACUUGGUUAUGUCCUCAGUCAGAUGAAGAUCUUGAGUACAUGUCUCAUGUUCCAUAUUCUAGUGCGGUGGGUAGCAUGAUGUAUGCUAUGGUUUGUACUCGACCGGAUAUUUCACAUGCAGUUAGUGUUGUGAACAUGUAUAUGUCUAAUCCUGUUAAGGAACAUUGGACAAUAGUGAAGUGGAUCUUGAGAUACUUGAAAGGCACUAUAGGAACUUGUGUUGAGUUCAAGAAAGAUGGGACAUGUACAGUAGCUUUGUCUACUACUGAAGUAGAGUAUAUGGCAAUGGUAGAGGCUUUUAAGGAAGCAAUAUGGUUGAGAGAACUUGUUGGGGAGUUUAGCUUGGAUUGUGUUGCUAUUGAUGUGCAUUGUGAUAGCCAAAGUGCUAUUUGUUUGGCUGAGGACUACAUGUUUCAUGAGAGAACAAAGCACAUUGAUGUGAGGAUCAAAGGGGUUUUCUCGGGUAGAGUGAGCUUGGAUGUACUGGGGACUCCUAUUGGAGUGUGGUUUGAGUGAUUUUGGCUAUUCAAAUCUCUUGUAAAUCAUUGAUUUCAUAGUGGAUUUGGUGUUCUCCUUCUCCCGUGGAUGUAGCUAUCACAAGUUGUGGUAGUGAACUGCAUAAAUUACUGUGUUUGCU